GUGACGUCAUCUGGCGGUCUUGCUACUUAAGGCGUCGUGGCCUCCCCUGCCCCGCCUUAGCUCCCGCGCUAGAGAGAAACAUGUAUCGUUUUCGAUCACAGCUCUUCACGGGGAUUUCUGCUGCCGCCACCGCCCACUCUUACCCCCGCCGCUUCUCGCCUCUGUUGUUAGCCGAAGACUCGCCUCUCAGCCGCCCGCCGCACAGACGCACGAGUAAAAAGUGCAGCUCCAUCGGCUGAUCCUCGCUAAGCUCCGACUCUGGGCGGCACCGGGCGUCCCACGAUGCCGAAGAACAAGAAGCGGAACACUCCCCACCGCGGUGGCAGUGCUGGCGGCGGCGGGUCAGGAGCAGCCGCAGCGACGGCGGCGACAGCAGGUGGCCAGCAUCGAAAUGUUCAGCCUUUUAGUGAUGAAGAUGCAUCAAUUGAAACAAUGAGCCAUUGCAGUGGUUAUAGCGAUCCUUCCAGUUUUGCUGAAGAUGGACCAGAAGUCCUUGAUGAGGAAGGAACUCAAGAAGACCUAGAGUACAAGUUGAAGGGAUUAAUUGACCUAACCCUGGAUAAGAGUGCGAAGACAAGGCAAGCAGCUCUUGAAGGUAUUAAAAAUGCACUGGCUUCAAAAAUGCUGUAUGAAUUUAUUCUGGAAAGAAGAAUGACUUUAACUGAUAGCAUUGAACGCUGCCUGAAAAAAGGUAAGAGUGAUGAGCAACGUGCAGCUGCAGCAUUAGCAUCUGUUCUUUGUAUUCAGCUGGGCCCUGGAAUUGAAAGUGAAGAGAUUUUGAAAACUCUUGGACCAUUCCUAAAGAAAAUCAUUUGUGAUGGGUCAGCUAGUAUCCAGGCUAGGCAAACUUGUGCAACUUGCUUUGGUGUUUGCUGUUUUAUUGCCACAGAUGACAUUACUGAACUAUACUCAACUCUGGAAUGUUUGGAAAAUAUCUUCACUAAGUCCUAUCUCAAAGAGAAAGACACUACUGUUAUUUGCAGCACCCCUAAUACAGUGCUUCAUAUCAGCUCGCUUCUUGCAUGGACACUACUGCUGACCAUAUGCCCAAUCAAUGAAGUGAAGAAAAAGCUUGAGAUGCAUUUCCAUAAGCUUCCAAGCCUCCUCUCUUGUGAUGAUGUAAACAUGAGAAUAGCUGCUGGUGAAUCUUUGGCACUUCUGUUUGAAUUGGCCAGAGGAAUAGAGAGUGACUUUUUUUAUGAAGACAUGGAGUCCUUGACACAGAUGCUUAGGGCCUUGGCAACAGAUGGAAAUAAACACCGGGCCAAAGUGGACAAGAGAAAGCAGCGGUCAGUUUUCAGAGAUGUCCUGAGGGCAGUGGAGGAACGGGAUUUUCCAACAGAAACCAUUAAAUUUGGUCCUGAACGCAUGUAUAUUGAUUGCUGGGUAAAAAAACACACCUAUGACACCUUUAAGGAGGUUCUUGGAUCAGGGAUGCAGUACCACUUGCAGUCAAAUGAAUUCCUUCGAAAUGUAUUUGAACUUGGACCCCCAGUGAUGCUUGAUGCUGCAAUGCUUAAAACGAUGAAGAUUUCUCGUUUUGAAAGGCAUUUAUAUAACUCUGCAGCCUUCAAAGCUCGAACCAAAGCUAGAAGCAAAUGUCGAGAUAAGAGAGCAGAUGUUGGAGAAUUCUUCUAGAUUUUCAGAACUUGAAGACUAUUUCCUAAUUUCUAUUUUUUUUUCUAUUUCAAUGUAUUUAAACUCUAGAGACAGUUUUUAUCUUGGAUUAACUUAGAUAACUUUUGUAGUAGUGGUUAUAUUGCUUAUAAUUUAAUGUACAGUAUUGAAACUGGUGAGUUCUGAUUAUUAAAUAUUCUCUGUAAAUCAGUAAACAUGUAUAAAGUAUUUGUAAUGUUUGGUCAUAAUUUAUUUAUGAAGACAGCAAAAGACUUUGAUUUCAUGAUGGGGAAAACAAUUAGCCAAAGUUUAAUUUCUUACACUGUGGUUGUCAAGAAUACUGAUUUACUAUAAUAAUAUAUACAUACAAGAUAUUUAACUUAAUAUCUUAGACAAGAGUUCUGGAUACAAUUUUGGGAUCUAGUUCCCCUGGAAAAGCUGCUGUGUUUUUAAUUUUUAAUGGAAUGUAGCUUUUAAAAUCCUGUCACUGGCAUCAACAAAAGGAAUUAUACCAUGAGACCUUAUAGCUGUACUUAAAAGCCAUUCAGUUCAGCUAUUGGGAGUUCAUGAUGAAUUAGCAUAUGCCAGAAAGGUUGCUAACCUUAACCUCUGAGAGCAGUAACACUGAUUUUAUCUGCUGUAUGAGACUUUGUGCAUUUUACUUUGAAAUAAAGAUUUUUUUCCACACUGAAAGUGCUUCUCUUCUAAUAGAAGAAACAUUAUUUAUGGCUUUGAGGUACAGAGUCCAAAAUGACUAGGCCAGGUGGGCAGGGAGACAAAGCUUUAUGUGUAUAUUUGCAAACAUUAAAGUAGAUGAAAAGAAUGUAGCAAUACAUAGUUGGGAUUAAGGUUUCUGACUUUCAAGAAUAUUUCUGCUUGGCAACGUGCAGUGUGGCUCAUGCCUAUAAUAAGUACUCUGGGAGGCUGAGGCGGGAGGAUGGCAUGAGCCUAGUUUGAGACCAGCCUAGGCAACAUAGCGAGACCCUGUCUCUACCAGAAAUUUAAAAAAUGAGUGUGGUGGUGUGUGCUUGUACUCUUUAUCUACUUGGGUGCUGAGGCAAGAGGGUAACUUGAGCCCAGAAGGUCAAAGCUGCAGUGAGCCGCAAUUGUGCCACUCCAGCCUGGGUGAUGAGUGAGACCUUGUCUCAAAAGCAAAACAGAAAAGAAUAUUGCUGCUUGUUUGCCCAUGAGGUAUAUUUCUUUCAUUUUAUGAAAAGCAUUUUGACACGUUAACAUUUAAUAAACUUUAGAUUAAAAUAUAUGGUGCAAGCAACAUGCCAUUUCAAAUCCGUAGACUUGUUUCUUUGAUAUUCUUGCUGUAGGUCGCAGUAGGGAAGCAUAUACACUGUAGGGAGAAGUAUCAAAAUCAUUUAAGGUCUUCUUUCCAAACUAGUGUUCCCCUCCCACAUCCCAACAACACUUGGAAGUCUGGUGCUCCCUCUAGGUGAAAAUCAUUUGCUGGCUUACGGAGUCACUGUUGCUGAGUCCCAUCCCCCAGUUACAGUGCAGUGGAAAACAGGUUUAGAAUCUAGAACGUGUUUGUAUAUUGUCACUCGGUUAUGUUCCACGUAGGUUAGAACCAUGGAAAAGAGAUUGCAAAUGGUAGUUUCUUCUAGAUAUUCAAUUGCAUAUAUGUAUGUAUAUGUAAUUAUAAAUAAAAAUGAAUUUUU